UUCCAUGCAGCUGAUUACUUCGCAACAAGUCCAUGGUUGAAGGCGCGAGACGUGGAUGGGAAUAUCUGUGGCAACCUGUUGAUAACGGAGUUAUGACAAUGGAUAACUUAGUAGGAGUACUAUUUCAAAAGUGACAAUCGACACAUUGAAAGAACAUCUUGUUCUUGCCGACGGCGAAGACGGCGUAAUAUGCUACUGCAUUCCCAUGCGUCAAACUUUUAGGAUACCGGUAACAAACUUCCAAACCUUUAUCUAGGAAUGUUUUGGUAGCCGACAAAGUGACACGUUUCUGUGUAAAUGAGAAACCAAUGAUAGAAAUGGCACAGCGCGGUGAAACAAUAUUUUACAAAGCAAAGACCUUCGUUAUGCAUUAUUUUUUAUUUAUUUUUUACUUACAGGUAGCCUGUACAUUAUGAGACACAACAGGUGUUGUCAGUAGUCACGCGCAGACUUCGAUUAAAAUACAAAAACAAGUAACUUGGUCGGUAGCUAACGUUAACCAUCCACCAAGAAGAAGCCUAUGUGAAAUGGUCUCCACAUGCUUUACAGACUGGGAAGAGAUAACUUGAGAACAAUUCAAUAAAAGGCUCAGUUCACAAUGAAAAUGCUGAGAUUACUUUGCGUUGUUGUUGGGUUGUGGAGGACAUGCCUGACGAACAGAAACUGCCCGGACCUCUUCAUUGACAGCUGUCAUUGCACCUCUGAGAGAUCCAAGGAAUUGAGCAGACAAAAUGUCUGGGUGAAGGUGGUGUGUGAUGAUGUGGAAUUAAUGGACACUCUACAACCCAGUUUCUUACCCAACAAAACAGUUUCCCUGAUCCUCAGUAACAACAAGAUCUCACUGCUGAAAAAUGCCUCCUUCUUUGGCCUGACAGUCCUGGAGAAACUGGACCUGAGGAAUAAUUUAAUUAGCACGGUGGAGCACGGGGCCUUCCGUGGACUGGUGGCUCUGAGGAGACUGGAUCUCUCCAACAAUCGGAUUGGCUGCCUCUCUCCUGAAAUGUUUGUAGACCUUGGCAAUCUUUCUAAAUUGAAUCUAUCUGGAAAUAUUUUCUCUUCAUUGCCGGUGGGACUAUUCACACACCUCCUGUCUCUCAAAGUCCUGCACUUCUCUACAGAGUCUCUGUUCUGUGACUGUCAGCUGGAGUGGCUGCUGCUGUGGGCCAGGGCGAACAGUGUGCGCCUGGGCAACGACACCCUGUGUGUGUACCCCACACACCUCCACGGCCUGGAGGUCCGCAACCUGAGGGAGACACAGCUCAGAUGUGAUGGGCCUCUGGAGCUGCCCUUGUUCCAGCUGAUCCCGUCCCAGAGACAGGUGGUGUUCCGUGGGGACCGGCUACCUCUGCAGUGCACCGUGUCCUACCUGGAUCCCUCGGUCAAGCUGCGCUGGCGCCACAAUGGCCACGCCAUCCACAGCAACGAGGGCAGGGGUGUCUAUGUGGAGGAAACCCUGGUCCACGACUGCUGCCUGCUAACCAGUGAAGUCAUCCUCUCCAACAUCGACCACAGCCUGUCUGGCAACUGGGAGUGCCAGGUGACCAGUUCCCGUGGCAACAGGUCCAGACAGAUGGAGAUCGUUGUGUUGGAGACGUCAGCGCCCUACUGCUCAGCAGACAGGGUCAGCAGCAACAAGGGAGACUUCAGGUGGCCAAAGACCCUGGCAGGGUUGUUGGCCUUCCUGCCCUGUGCUCCAUCCACAUUUGGCUCUGCCCCCCACCCUUCUGGUGCCUCUUCACACCACCCCACUCAGAGGGAGAAGAAGGCCUGGCGACGCUGUGACCGGGCAGGCCAGUGGGCAGAGGACGACUAUACCCAGUGCCCGUAUGCCAGCGAGGUGACCCGUGUACUGCACGAGCUCACCCAGAUGACCAUCAACACCAGUAAUGCCCAGCCGUUAGCCCAGCAGCUGGUAGCCUUCACCAGCAGGGCAGGGGACUUCAGCGAUGUGAUGGAUGUCAUCUUUGUCACACACCUGGUGGAGAGGCUGACUCGCCUAGUGGACCAGCGCAGAGACGUACGUAUGAUAGCAGCACUUAUCUGCUGUUCACACACACAGAAGGUUGCACGCACGCACUCAUGUACGCACACACACCUAUGCACGCUCGCGCACAAUCACACACAAAACAAACAUACACAGCACUUAGCCUCAGCAUCCAUCCUGCAGUCCACUAUAAUUAUAAUAAAGUUAUAAUGUGUUUGAUCACACACUCUAAGUUGAAGGAAUGAUACAAUAAAGAACCCAAGCUGUUUACUUUGGACGAGCGGUUUAUAGUCCAAUGAAAGGCACAUAUGAAUGGCUGUCUCUUUUUGCUCCGGUAGCUGGCUAGUCUACUCCAGCCCCAUAAAUGCUAGACUUUGGGUGCUAAUUUCGCUGAGAUGUCAUCAGUGCGUCUACUUGGUAUC